CAAAAUUUGUCAACUUCCUUUGCAAUACAACACGUGAAAAUGGCAGCCACAAAUAUCGAAGGAACAACUAAAAUGGAACCAGAACUUGCAGAAGAGUCUGGUUUUGUCACAGCGAAAACAAAAAGUAGGAAAAGGAAGCUUCAAGACAAGUCAGAAACGAAAAUGGACACCUCAGAGCCUGAAAUUAAGAGACCAAACUUCCCAGCCGUGACAGCUGAAAAAUCGAGUGGCAAGUCAGAAUUAAGAAAAAUCCCAAUACCAAGUAAUAGAUACACACCAUUAAAGAAAAAUUGGUUGAAAAUAUUCACACCGAUAGUAGAACAUCUUCAUUUACAAAUACGAUUUAAUUUAAAAACCAGAAAUGUUGAAAUUAAGACAUGUAAAGCAACAACAGAUAUUAGGGCUCUACAGAAAGCAGCAGAUUUUGUUCAGGCAUUUGUUUAUGGUUUUGAAGUUGAGGAUUCCCUAGCUCUAGUGAGAUUAGAUGAGUUAUAUUUAGAAACAUUUGAUGUGACAGAUGUCAAACCAUUAAAAGGAAAUCAUUUAUCUAGAGCUAUUGGUAGAAUAGCAGGACAUAAUGGUAAAACUAGAUUCACAAUAGAAAAUGUUACCAAAACUAGAAUUAUUUUAGCUGCUAGUAAAGUUCAUAUAUUAGGAUCAUUUCAAAAUAUCAACAUGGCUAGAACAGCUAUAUGUAACUUGAUCUUAGGAAGUCCUCCAUCUAAAGUUUAUGGUCAGAUGAGAACAGUGGCUUCCAGAGUUUCAGAAAGAUUUUGAAGUUUGUGAUCAAUGUACAAAAGGUUUAAUUUAAAAUUCAAAUUUUGAAAGGUACUAGACAAAAACACUUAUGUAGACCCUUCCUCUGGUAACUACAAACUCUUCAAACUAUUGUGAUGCCAUUUUCAGAAAUAUUUUCAACUGAAUACAGAAAAUGUAAUGUAAAUUGUUGAUAAAGUGGUUGUUUUCAA